GGGAGCGUCGGAAGCAGAAGACCGAGUUCCCGGCCAGUCGCAGUCAGUCAGGCGGGCUCUCCCCAUCCCGCACCUAGUCAGGUCACAGCCAUGUCAGACAAAAGUGAAUUGAAGGCUGAAUUGGAGCGAAAGAAGCAACGGUUAGCUCAAAUCAGAGAGGAAAAGAAGAGAAAGGAAGAAGAAAGAAAGAAAAAGGAAACUGAUCAGAAGAAAGAAGCAGUUGCUCCUGUACAAGAAGAAUCUGACCUUGAGAAAAAGCGGAGAGAAGCAGAAGCAUUGUUGCAGAGCAUGGGCCUGACACCAGAAUCUCCUUUGGCUGUACAACCUCUUCGAGUAGUAACAGCGGAUACCUGUCUAUUUCACUAUUUAGUCCCUCCUCCUAUGUCUCCAUCCUCCAAAUCUGUGAGUACUCCAAGUGAGGCUGGAAGCCAAGACUCUGGAGAUGGCGCCGUGGGACCUAGACGAGGACCUAUUAAACUCGGGAUGGCUAAAAUUACACAAGUUGACUUUCCUCCCCGAGAAAUCGUCACAUACACAAAGGAGACUCAGACACCAGUUAUGGCACAGCCAAAAGAAGAAUACGAUACGGAAAAAGAAAAUUACUGGCAAUUGGAAAAUCACAUUCCUCAAAAUGAAAAUGAUGAGGAGGAAGAUGAUGAUGUUGUAAUCCCCAAACCACCCUUAGAACCUGAAGAAGAGAAAACUAUAAAGAAAGAUGAUGAUGAAGAAGAAGUCCCCCCUCAUGAGCUCACUGAAGAGGAAAAACAACAGAUCUUACACUCUGAAGAGUUUCUAAGUUUCUUUGAUCAUUCAACAAGAAUUGUAGAAAGAGCUCUUUCUGAGCAGAUUAACAUCUUCUUUGACUACAGUGGAAGAGAUUUGGAAGAUAAAGAAGGAGAAAUUCAAGCAGGUGCUAAACUCUCCUUAAAUAGACAGUUUUUUGAUGAACGUUGGUCAAAGCAUCGUGUUGUUAGUUGUCUGGAUUGGUCAUCUCAGUACCCAGAAUUACUCGUGGCCUCUUAUAACAAUAAUGAAGAUGCUCCUCAUGAGCCUGAUGGGGUUGCCCUUGUGUGGAACAUGAAAUACAAAAAAACUACUCCAGAGUAUGUGUUUCACUGCCAGUCAGCUGUAAUGUCAGCAACAUUUGCAAAAUUUCACCCAAAUCUGGUUGUUGGUGGUACAUAUUCGGGUCAAAUUGUAUUAUGGGAUAAUCGAAGCAAUAAGAGAACCCCGGUCCAAAGAACCCCACUUUCAGCUGCAGCACAUACGCACCCUGUGUAUUGUGUGAACGUAGUUGGAACUCAGAAUGCUCACAAUUUGAUUAGCAUCUCCACUGAUGGAAAAAUUUGCUCAUGGAGUUUGGACAUGCUUUCCCACCCACAGGAUAGCAUGGAGUUGGUUCAUAAGCAGUCCAAAGCUGUAGCUGUCACUUCUAUGUCCUUCCCUGUCGGAGAUGUCAACAACUUUGUUGUUGGAAGUGAAGAAGGCUCUGUAUACACAGCAUGUCGCCAUGGCAGCAAAGCUGGAAUCAGUGAGAUGUUUGAAGGACACCAAGGACCAAUAACUGGAAUCCAUUGCCAUACAGCAGUUGGAGCUGUAGACUUUUCUCAUCUGUUUGUAACUUCCUCAUUUGACUGGACAGUGAAACUUUGGACAACCAAGAAUAACAAACCUUUAUACUCAUUUGAAGACAAUUCAGAUUAUGUUUAUGAUGUUAUGUGGUCACCCACCCACCCAGCCCUCUUUGCCUGUGUGGAUGGCAUGGGGAGACUGGAUCUGUGGAAUCUCAACAAUGACACAGAGGUGCCGACUGCAAGCAUUUCUGUGGAGGGUAAUCCUGCUCUUAAUCGUGUGAGAUGGACACAUUCUGGGAGAGAGAUUGCUGUAGGUGAUUCUGAAGGACAGAUAGUUAUAUAUGACGUGGGAGAGCAAAUCGCUGUUCCUCGCAAUGAUGAAUGGGCUCGAUUUGGGCGAACACUAGCAGAAAUUAACGCAAACCGAGCUGACGCAGAGGAGGAAGCUGCCACCCGCAUACCUGCUUAAAUGGGCUCUAUGCUAGUAGUGAAUUGGGGAGUAAUUCUAAGUAGAAAUUAAAACUCAUAGCAUGCUUCUAUCUAAAAGGGAAUUCAAGGGUGAUUUUGUGGAUUAAACUAUGGACUUAAACAUGUAAAGCUCUUUAAUGCAAAAAAUUCUUGCAGUGUCACUUUUUAUAUUCAUGUUGUUAUUGGAUUUGUGUAAUUUUUAAUACAAACAACUUUUGCAAUAUGCAAUUUUUUCUGAAUACUUACACAGGCAUAUAUUUGCUAUUAGUUAGUAUCUUGAACUUUUUUCAACCUGUAACAGUAUACAGCUAAUUCUGAAAGGUAAAUUGCAUAAAUUCCACAUAUUUUUCAAUAAUCACUUCUCUGGGUAAACAUUUUCAAGACAGGUUAAUCUCUGACCACUAAUAUAUAAGAAUAUUGUUUACUGUUAACCAUUAAAGUGCAUGUACCCACUCAAGUUUCAUCUUUUCUGUCCUUUUCCAUAGCCGUGCUUCUUUAAAGUAGUGAUAGCUAUGGUCACAAAUAAAAGAAUCAGUCUAUGUCAAA